UGGAUCGAUUGGAGUUAACGAUAGAGCCAGUGAGGAUGGGUGUGCCGGGCUCGUACGGCGCCGGCGCCACCAAGAUACCGAGCCACGUCGCCUACUACGUGGCCAUGGCUGGCAUCUUGCUGCUCCUCAUCUGCGUCUGUUGCUACUUCAUCUUCUUCUGCUUGCGGAGAAUUAAAGAGCUGUCGCACCACGAGUUCCAGGAGGUGCGCUCCGUGCGCCCCCCGCCGCCCCCGCAGCUCGACCCGCCCCCGCUCUCGCCCACUGCAUACCCCGUGCAGCCAGGAGUGCGGGAAAGUGCGACGGCGAUGGCCCGGCUGUGCCGCGCGUUGCCGCAGGACACCGUGUUCCCCGCCUCCCCCGGCACCCCCGCGCGCGGCCACUCCGCCUUCUCCCCCACUUCCCCCGUCCCCCUGCUCGCCUCUCCCCCUAGAUUGCCGGUGUCGCCCACCUCUCCCAACCGGAGAGUCUUCGCCUACUACACAUCCCCGAGACGUUCAAUAUCUCCAACGUCUCCAAAUCGAAGAUCCGAUGGGUACUACAUUUCGCGAAGAGGUCCUCUUUCCCCGACCUCCCCCAGGAGAGGUCCCCUCUCCCCGACCUCCCCUAGCCGAAGACAUCCCCUGUCUCCGACGUCGCCGCGCGGGAGGGGGCAGCACCGCGCCGCCACAGUGCCCGCACGCCGCGUGCGCUCCCCGCACAAGCCGCCCGCCAUCGUGCUGUCUCCCGCCACUGACACGUGCAACACGUUGCCCGCACUCACAGUCAUACCAUUGCGAUAA